AUGAAUAAUACAAAUAAUAAUAACAGUAGUAAUAACAGUAGUAAUAACAGUACAUUGCCAUUGCAUAUGUAUAUUCGUCCCUUAAUUAUUGAAGAUCUUAAAUCAGUUACAGAUUUAGAAUCUUUGUGUUUCCCACCAAACGAACGUGCAUCUCGUGAAAAGAUUGAGUAUCGAUUAAAUACAUGUCCCGAACUAUGUGCUGGUUUAUUUGUCAGAGAUUUUGAUUCGAUCACGAAAGAACUUAAAGAUGAAAAAUUGAUUGGCCAUAUAAUGUCAACAAAGAUUGAAAGUGAUUACAUUACGUUGAAAUCGAUGGAGAUAGGAGAACAUUAUGAGUCGAGUGACGUUAUUGGUAUCCAUGCGUUAGUGAUUCAUCCAGAUUAUCAAAAGAAGAACUUAGCUACGUUGUUGAUGACAGAUUAUAUACAAAAGAUGAGCAACCAAGAUAUCGGUAAGAAGAUUGUUAUUAUCAAUCACGAACAUUUGGUACCAUUCUAUGAAAGAUUGGGGUUCCAUGUUGUUGGUGAAAACAAAGACGUAAUAAAAGAUCCAGAUUUUGGUAAAGAUAAAUGGUUGGAUAUGGAAAGAGAAUUAAUUAAAGAAGAGUACGAUGGUUAA